AUGUAUCAAGUCUCCCUUCUUUCUUUUCUUCCUCCUUUCUUUAUUUCUCUUUUCUUUCUUAAUCAUUUCCUUUCUCUCUCUUUCUUAAUGUUCUUCCCGUCAAAAUUUCUCCAAAAUUUUUUUUUUUCUUUUUCUCUCUGUUUCUUGCCCAAUGAUCUUUCUUUCUUUUCUUUCUUCCUCCUUUCUUUAUUUCUUUUUUCUUUUUCUUAUUCAUUUCUUCUCUCUCUUUCUUUUUUAAUCUGUUUCUUUCCUUCAACUUCUUCUUUCUUCUUCUUUCUUUUUUUUUUUUCUUUGUUUCUUCUGUCUUUUGGCUUUCUGUUUUUUUUUUUUUUUUGCUUGGUUUCUUUAUUUCUCUCUUUCUUUCUUAAUUCUUUUUCUUUCUUUCAUUUCUUGGUUCUUCCUUUCAAAAUUUCUGUUUUUUUCUUUCUUUCCUCUGUUUCUUGCCCAAUGUCUCCUUCUUUCUUUCUUCCUCCCUUUCUUUAUUUCUCUCUUUCUUUCUUAAUCAUUUCCUUUUAUCAAAUCUUUGUUCUUCCCCUCAAAAUUUCUUUUUUUUUCUUUUUUCUCUCUUUCUUUCUUUUGGAUGUCUUGAUUCAUUUCUUUCUUUCUUUUUCUUUCUUCCUCCCUUUCUUUGUUUUUCUUUCUCUUUCUUUUUCUGUUUGUUUUAAUCAUUUCCUUUCUUAUUUCAAAUCUUUUUUCUUUUCCUUCUCUUUUUUUCUUUUUUUUUUUUUUUUUUCUUUCUUUUCCCUGAUUCUUUUUCUUUCUUUCUUUUUUCCUUUUUCUUUAUUUCUCUCUUUCUUUCUUAAUCAUUUCUCUUUCUUUCAUUUUGUCUUUUCUCUUUUUUCUUUCUCUUUUUUCUUUUUUUUUUGGCUUCUUUUUCUCUUCUUUUUUUUGCCCAAUGUAUCUCUUUCUUUUUUUUGGCUUCUUUAUUUCUCUCUUUCCUUUUCUUUAUUUCUUUUCUUUCUUUUUCUUUCUUUUUUCUCUCUUUUCUUUCUUUUCUGUCUUGUUCCGUCUUCUGUCUUUCUUCCUGUCAAAAUUUCUUUCUUUUUUUUUUCUUUUCUAUCUCUGUUUCUUUCUUUUGCUGUCAUUCUUCUUCUUUCUUUUUCCCUUUCUUGGUUUCUCUUUCUUUCUUUCUUUUUUUUCCUUUCUAUUUUUUUCCAAAUCUUUGUUCUUCCCUCAAAAUUUCUUUUUUUUUUUUUUUUUUGCUCUCUUGUUUCUUGCCCUGUCUUCAUUCCGUCUUUCUUUCUUUUCUUUCUUGGUUUCUCUCUUUCUUUCUUCUUAAUUUCUUUCUUUUCUUUAUUUCUCUCUUUUCUUUUCUUGGUUCAAAAUUUCUCUUUUUUUUUUCUUUUUCUCUCUUUUCUUUGGUUCCAAUCUAUUUCUUUCUUCUUCCCUUUCAAAAUUUCUGUUUUUUCUUUCUUUUGGCUGUCUUUUUUUCUUUUUCUUUGUGUCUUCAACUUCUUUCUUUCUUUCUUUCUUUUUUCUUCCUUUUUCUUUCUUUUCUUUCUUGAUUCUGUCUUUUUUCUUUCUUUUUCUCUCUCUUUUUCUUUCUUGUCUUUUCUUUUUUCUAUCUUUUUGGCUGUUUUUUCUUUCUUUCUUUCUUUUUUCUUGUUUUUUUUUCUUUUCUUUUGGCUGUCCCAUUUCUCUUCUUUCUUUCUUUUCCCUUUCUUUAUUUCUCUCUUUCUUUUCAUUUCGGCAAAUCUUGAUUCCUUCUUUCUGUCUUUUUUCUUUUUUUUUUUCUUUGUUUCUUGA